GAUAGGCCUUGGCCAUAGUAGGAUGUGUAAUUUCACCAGCCGCACAGUGUUUUAUCAGAUACGAAGCGUUCGUACUCUUUGUUCAUCAAGGAUUGUAGGCACAGAAAUUACAGUGUUGCCUGUGAAAACGGUGUUUUAAUUAUUUUGUGCCAUCUGGAAUGGGCGAGCGGACACUGGAAAUUCUUUAUUAUCGCUGCUGGUCUUUAUAGUGGCUUUACCGUCUAAAGACGCUCAUAAACCCGUGCCCAGGAAAUAAACAGCCAUGGAAAAUAGUUAAUUCUGUUAUAAACAACUAAUAAACCGAAGAAAAGGACCGUUUUUAUGGUGUGCUGUGAGAGUUUACUGAGGAGCUUCGUGAUAACAGCGCCGCCAGGAAGGCAUGAGCAGAGCCGAUUCUGCAGAAAAUGAAGAUUGGACGUGAGCUACGUGCGCAUCCAGGAGUAGACGACAUGACAUGGAGAGACUGCAAAACACGGACCUGUUAAAUACACAGGCACGCCAGAGUAUCUGUUCACCGCAAGAGAGAGUCACCAAUGGCUGUUGUGAGUCUCACGCGGUGAGUACAAUGGGUCUGAACGCGACCACGGCGGAGGAGCUGCUGGCAGGACAUGCGUCUAGAUCUGGAUCCGGGAUCAAGCUUUUGAAGGAGUCCAAGAGCUGCUUGCCUUUGUAUAAUGGUGGAGUGGUAUCCCCUUCACCUACAGCAGAAGAAAGUUAUCAAUGUGUGCCUGCGCAGACGCACAGCGGGUGUUUACAUCUAAAUAGACUAGUGGAGACCCCCAAUGGGGGACCCACAGCUAAUGGGGACAGGCCUUUGAAUAAGCCUUGUGGAGAUGUGCGAUUCAGACAACUCCUGCACCAGAGCAGAAAAGAUGAGGAAAACCGAGACUUUGGGGCCCAUGGUGGUUGUCCCACAAUGGGAUCUGGAUCUAGCGGUUCUUCAGAAACGUCCCACGACCCUCCGUAUCCUCCGCUUGAAUGCAAAAGGAGGAGGCUUGAAACGGACUCCAGAACAGACUCUAGUAAAAGCACAUGGGCUGUUACGCCCCUCGCAACCAAUUACCAACACAAAAACAGUGGCGUUCCCAGCUCCAUGUCAUCCCCCGGUUGGGUCCAUCACAGUGGGCACAAAGUUGCAGUGAACCAUGCAUCCCCUGGCCAGGCCGAGGUGCGGUCCACGCUGCCUGCGGUGGCCACCAGUGCAGGCUGGUCUCCAGAGCACAUGGCUCAGCAGUACAUAGUUCCUUCUAUGAAGUUUUACGGCAUUUGUGUCAAAGAUGGCUUCCUGGGCGAUCGACUGGGCAGUAAGGUUCUGGAGGAAGUGGAGACUUUAAAUAACAGCGGGAAGUUCAGAGGAGGCCAGUUGGUCAGCAAAAAAAACAUCCCAUCUAAGAACAUCCGUGGAGACCAGAUAGCCUGGGUCGAAGGCAACGAGCCCGGCUGCGAGAACAUUGGAAGCCUCAUGGCUCACCUUGAUGAGGCCGUCAUGCGCAGUGCGGCCAAUGGACAGCUGGGGAAUUAUGUCAUAAAUGGCCGCACCAAGGCCAUGGUUGCAUGUUAUCCUGGAAACGGAACAGGAUAUGUGCGACAUGUGGACAAUCCUAACGGCGACGGACGCUGCAUAACCUGCAUCUACUAUCUGAACAAGAACUGGGAUGCCAAGGUUCAUGGAGGUUUAUUGCAGAUCUUCCCUGAAGGUCGUAAUGUUGUAGCCAACAUCGAGCCUUUCUUUGACCGUCUGCUCAUUUUCUGGUCAGAUCGCCGGAACCCACAUGAAGUGAAACCAGCUUUUACCACUCGCUACGCCAUCACCGUUUGGUAUUUUGAUGCAAAAGAGCGGGCUGAAGCUAAGGAGAAGUACAGACUGGCUAUAGGACAGAAAGGAGUUAAAGUGCCCGUCACACAGAGCAGCAAGACCUGAAUCUCAGUCAUUCGAGUGAACACUCAAGUGUGUCCUGUUUAUGUGUGUGGCAGCCCGUGCCGCUGCGCCGUUUUCAAGAGGAGGUGCAAAAGACCCAACAAUCACGCCUCUUUCUGUGGCCUCAAACAUCCAACAAAACAUUUGAUUUGAUUGGGACUGUCCUUAAAUGAACACCAUAAACAGAUAUUUCUCAAACUUGAUGGUCAUGACUCUGAACGGCUAGCAGGAUUGGCCAAUUUUCCUCAUCCCGUGGAAAGUC